UCCGGCGCCUUCCCGCGGCAGCGCUCCGGGGGCCGGGAGGGGGCCGCGAGAAAGGAGAAGAGAGGGGGGAAAAAAUUAAAAGAGGAAAAGGGAGGAAAAAAGAGGAGAAGGAGCGGAGGCGGGGAAAGCUGCUCCUCCGAGGACAGCGCGCAGCACCAUGCAGCUGGCGCUGUUGGCGCUGGCACUCACCACGCUCUUCAUCGACGGCUGGAGGACGGCAGCGAGGAGGCAGAAGCUGCACCCCAGGCAAGCCCAGCUGCUGGAGAAGCUCAGCGAGUACGAGAUCGUGACUCCUACCCGAGUGAAUGAGUUCGGUGAGCCCUUCCCCACCGAUGUCCACUUCAGGCGGCGCCGGCGGAGCACCAGUGCUGCCCCCGACGCCUGGACGGCGGCCGCCGCCGGCUCCCCGAAGGCACACUACAGGCUGUCCGCCUUCGGGCAGCAGUUCCUCUUCAACCUGACGGCCAGCUCGGCCUUCAUCGCCCCGCUCUUCACCGUCAGCCUCCUGGGAGAGCCCGCCGCAGACCAACGGCGCCUCUACGCCGAGGCGGCCGACGCCGAUGUGAAGCACUGCUUCUACCGGGGGCACGUCAACGCCCGCCCUCGGCUCACCGCCGUUAUCAGCCUCUGCUCCGGGAUGCUAGGCACAUUCAAGUCUGAUGAUGGGGACUAUUUUGUAGAGCCACUCCUAUCGCUUGAGGAGCAGGAGUAUGAAGAAGAGCACAAUAAACCACAUCUUGUCUACCGACACCGGACACCUCCAACCAACUCUUCAGGGGACUGGCAGACUUGCAAUACUCCAGAUCAUGACCACAGUCACAAAAAGAGCAAACGGAAACACUGGAGAAGGCAGUGGGCAGAGAGCAGCAUAUUGUCUGACGUGGAGAUGUUGAAACACAGCCUGGAAGUGAAUUCUUUUUCUGGGGACAGCAACAAGACGGGGACCAUUGGUGAAAAGAAGAGCCACAAGCGAACAAAGCGGUUCUUGUCCUACCCACGUUUUGUGGAGGUGAUGGUGGUGGCUGACAGCAGGAUGGUCGCCUACCAUGGAGCCAACCUUCAGCACUAUGUCUUAACCCUGAUGUCAAUAGUGGCUUCUAUCUACAAAGACCCAAGCAUUGGAAAUUUAAUUAAUAUUGUUAUUGUGAAAUUGGUCGUGAUACAUAAUGAGCAGGAUGGCCCUGCAAUAUCUUACAAUGCCCAGACAACAUUAAAAAACUUCUGCCAAUGGCAGCAGUCCCAAAACCACCCAGAGGGAAGUCACCUUCGCCAUGAUACAGCUGUGCUUGUUACCAGACAAGAUAUUUGUAGAGCGCACGACAAAUGCGAUACUCUGGGUCUGGCAGAGUUGGGCACAGUCUGUGACCCAUACAGGAGCUGUUCAAUUAGUGAAGAUAACGGACUGAGCACUGCUUUCACAAUAGCACAUGAACUUGGCCAUGUAUUUAACAUGCCACAUGAUGACAAUCACAAGUGCAAGGAAGAUGGAGGUAAAAACCAACAGCAUGUCAUGGCACCAACACUGAACUUCUACACCAAUCCCUGGAUGUGGUCAAAGUGCAGUAGGAAAUACAUCACUGAAUUUCUGGACACUGGUUAUGGGGAGUGUUUGCUUGAUGAACCUUCAUCAAGAACUUACACAUUGCCUCAGCAGCUCCCAGGGCUGAUUUAUGACGUCAACAAACAAUGUGAGUUAAUUUUUGGACCCGGAUCCCAAGUGUGCCCCUAUAUGAUGCAGUGUCGGCGACUUUGGUGUAUCAACGUCGAUGGUGCUCACAAGGGAUGUCGAACCCAACACACACCUUGGGCUGAUGGGACAGAAUGUGAGCCUGGAAAGCACUGCAGGUUUGGGAUGUGUGUGCCCAAGGAGCGGGAGGCGCCGGUGACAGACGGAGCCUGGGGCACCUGGAGCCCCUUCGGGACCUGCUCGAGGACCUGCGGCGGCGGCAUAAAGACGGCGAUCCGAGAGUGCAACAGGCCCGAACCCAAAAACGGUGGGAAAUACUGCGUGGGUCGUCGUAUGAAGUUUAAAUCCUGCAACACAGAACCUUGCUCGAAGCUGAAGAAGGAUUUCCGGGACGAGCAGUGUGCUGACUUUGAUGGGAAACACUUCAACAUCAACGGGCUGCCCACGAACGUGCGCUGGGUUCCCAAGUACAGCGGCAUCCUGAUGAAGGAUCGGUGCAAGCUCUUCUGCCGGGUGGCGGGGAACACGGCCUACUACCAGCUGCGGGACCGCGUCAUCGACGGGACGCCCUGCGGCCCCGACACCAACGACAUCUGCGUGCAGGGCCUCUGCCGGCAAGCUGGAUGUGAUCAUGUGCUGAAUUCAAAAGCAAGAAGAGAUAAAUGUGGUGUUUGUGGUGGGGAUAAUUCUUCAUGCAAAACUGUUGCAGGCACAUUUAACACAGUGCAUUAUGGUUAUAACGUUGUGGUUCGCAUCCCAGCUGGUGCCACUAAUAUUGAUGUGCGUCAGCACAGUUACUCAGGGAAACCAGAGGAUGACAACUACCUGGCCUUAUCUAACAGUCAAGGAGACUUUAUAUUAAAUGGAGACUUUGUCGUCAGUAUGUUUAAAAGGGAAAUCAAAGUUGGGAAUGCUGUGAUCGAAUACAGUGGCUCCGAUAAUACUGUUGAAAGGAUUAAUUCUACAGAUCGGAUUGAGCAAGAAAUAACACUUCAGGUUUUAUCAGUGGGCAAUUUGUACAAUCCUGACGUUCGUUACACAUUCAAUAUCCCUAUUGAGGACAAACCUCAGCAGUUUUACUGGAAUGAGCAUGGCCCGUGGCAGCCCUGCAGUAAGCUCUGCCAAGGAGAACGCAAAAGGAAGCCUGCGUGUAAGAGAGAGUCAGAUCAGCUCACGGUGUCAGACCAGCGAUGCGAUCGACUUCCCCAGCCUGAGCCCAGCACCGAGCCUUGUAACACAGAGUGUGAAUUAAGGUGGCACAUCGCGAGGAAGAGCGAGUGCACGGCGCAGUGCGGGCUGGGCUACCGCACGCUGGAGAUCUACUGCUCCAAGUACAGCCGGCUGGAGGGCAAGAUAGAGAAGGUGGAUGAUCGCUUCUGCAACAGCCAGACCAAGCCCAGCACGAGGGAGAAGUGCACUGGAGACUGCAACGUGGGAGGAUGGCGCUAUUCGGCCUGGACUGAGUGCUCCAAGAGCUGUGGCGGGGGCACGCGGCGGCGGCGAGCCAUGUGUGUGAACACCUACAAUGAUGUGCUGGAUGACAGCAAGUGCAGCCAGCAGGAGAAGCUGACGGUGCAGAGGUGCAGUGACUUCUCGUGCCCACAGUGGAAAACCGGCGACUGGUCCGAGUGCUUGGUCACCUGUGGAAAAGGGCAUAAGCACCGCCAGACGUGGUGCCAGUUUGGAGAAGAUCAAUUGAACGACAGGUUUUGCGACCCCAAGACGAAGCCGGAGUCGGUGCAGAUGUGCCAGCAGCAGGAGUGUGCCUCGUGGCAAGUGGGGCCCUGGGGACAGUGCACUGUGACUUGUGGCCAAGGCUACCAGAUGAGAGCAGUGAAGUGUGUUGUGGGCACCUACGUGUCAGUGGUGGAUGAUAAUGAGUGUAAUGCUGCAACCAGGCCCACAGAUACCCAGGACUGUGAGAUAGCUGUAUGUCCUCCCCAUCCAAAUAGUCCUGAAGCCAAGAGAGCCAUAUCAGGUGUUCACAGGACACAGUGGAGAUUUGGAUCCUGGACACCGUGCUCUGCAACAUGUGGGAAGGGCACCCGGAUGAGAUACGUCAGCUGCCGGGAUGACCAGGGCUCCGUGGCUGAUGAGUCAGCUUGUUUCCACCUUCCAAAGCCAUCAGCCACAGAAACGUGCACCGUGACACCAUGUGGGCAGUGGAAGGCCUUGGAGUGGAGCUCUUGCUCAGUGACCUGUGGUCAAGGUAAGGCAACGCGACAAGUGAUCUGCGUCAAUUACAGUGACCAGCUGGUGGACAGGAGCGAGUGUGACCCAGAUGACCUCCCUGCCACCGAGCAAGAGUGCUCCAUGUCUCCUUGUCAUCCAAACAGCCAUGACUAUGGCAGGCCCAUCCCCCCUUUCCUCUAUCCAGACCAUCGCCUCAAGCCGCACCCUGGGGGCAGCCCCAACCGAAACCGUGCACAAAUACCAGGAGGCAACCAGUGGAGGAUUGGCCCCUGGGGUGCUUGCUCUAGCACGUGUGCAGGGGGGUUCCAGCGGCGGGUCGUGGUGUGCCAGGAUGAAAAUGGAUACACUGCAAAUAACUGCGAUGAGAAAAGCAAACCCAUGGAGCAGAGAUCCUGCGAGUCUGGCCCCUGCCCUCAGUGGGCCUAUGGCAACUGGGGAGAGUGCACAAAGCCAUGUGGAGGAGGGACAAGGACACGGCUGGUGGUGUGCCAGCGCCCAAAUGGAGAAAGGUUUACGGAUCUGAGCUGUGAAAUCCUUGACAAGCCACCAGACAGAGAGCAGUGCAAUGUGCAGGACUGUCCUAGAGAUGCUGCCUGGAGUGCUGGUCCUUGGAGCUCGUGUUCUGUCUCCUGUGGAAGGGGCCAAAAGCACCGCAGUGUGUACUGUUUGUCAAAGGAAGGGAGGCAUGUAGAAGAAGAGAAUUGUAAACACCUUGCUAAGCCCAACGUGCAAAAGAAAUGCAGAGGGGGCAGAUGUCCGAAGUGGAAAGCAGGAGAUUGGGGCCAGUGCUCGGUGUCCUGCGGCCGGGGCGUCCAGCGCCGCUCCGUGCAGUGCCACAGCAGCAGCAGCAGCAGCCCCAAGGAGGCCGAGUGUGACCCGGCCAGCCAGCCCCCUCCUCAGCGGGACUGUCACCUCCCCCCGUGCCCCACGCACCGCUGGGCAGCCGGGGAAUGGCAGGCGUGCACCAAGACGUGCGGGGAGGCGUCGCGGUUCCGCGAGGUGCUGUGCGUGGACGAGGAGGAGCAGCCGCAGAGCAGCGGCCGCUGCGAGCCCAGCGAGCGCCCGGCCGAGGUGCAGAGCUGCGCGCUGCCGCCCUGCGAGUACAUCUGGAUCACCGGAGAGUGGUCAGAGUGCUCCGUCACGUGCGGGAAGGGCUACAGGCAGCGCCUCGUGUCCUGCAGUGAGAUCUACACCGGGAAGGACCACUAUGAGUAUGGCUACCAGAACAUGGUCAACUGUCCUGGCACACAGCCCCCCAACAUCCAGCCCUGCUACCUCGGAGAGUGCCCCAUCUCGGCCUCCUGGCGCGUCGGCAACUGGGGAAGCUGCUCUGUCACCUGUGGAGUUGGGGUCAUGCACCGCUCAGUGCAGUGUUUGACCAAUGACGACCAGCUCAGCAGCUUGUGCCACGUGGACCUGAAACCUGAAGAGAGGAGGACAUGUCACAAUGUCCAUGACUGUGACUUACCAAGGAGUUGCAAAGAUGUUAAAAAUCUUGAAGGUGUCACUGAAGAUGGUGAAUAUUUCCUGCAAGUCAAAGGAAAGACAUUAAAGGUGUAUUGCUCUGGGAUGCAGACUGACAGCCCAAAGGAGUAUGUGACCCUUGUAAACGGGGAUGCAGAGAAUUUUUCAGAGGUGUAUGGAUACAGAUUGCAUAACCCGACCGAGUGUCCGUAUAACGGGAGCAGACGAGAAGACUGCCAGUGUAGGAAAGAUUACACAGCAGCUGGGUUUUCCUCCUUCAGCAAAGUAAGGCUGGACCUGAACACUAUGCAAAUAAUAACAACUGAUUUACAGUUUGCACAGACACAUGAUGGACGACCUGUUCCUUAUGCCACUGCUGGGGACUGCUACAGCGCUGCCAAAUGCCCGCAGGGUCGAUUCAGCAUAGACCUGUAUGGGACAGGCCUGUCCCUGGUGGGAACAGCCAAGUGGCUCUCACAAGGGAAUUACGCCGUGUCGGAAAUUCAGAAAUCCCCAGAUGGUACCAAAGUCGUAGGAAGAUGUGGUGGUUACUGUGGGAAGUGCACUCCAUCAUCAGGAACAGGCCUGGACAUUCAGGUGUUAUAGCAGUGGUUCUCUGGGAGCAGCCAAUGGAGAUGAGAGAUGGAUGAAGGAUAGUGAUGCAAUACCUCUGCCUUCCACUUUUAUAUCUGUGUAUAUGUGUAUAUAGAUUGCAUAUUCCUAAUGUACAGUAUAAUAUUUAUGUUUGGGAUUAUUUAUUUUGAUUUAAUAUUUUUGUACGUAAAAUCAUUAUAUUAAGGCUGCUUUUACUAUUUUUAUUUUUUAUUGUUAAAUCCUGCAGUCAAACCACUGCAUUUUGCAUACUCUACAUUAUAUGUAGCAUUAUGACAAGUGAUACUUAAUUGUCACUGUAUUCAGUUGUUUACUUACAGUCAGUAAUUUUCCUUCAGUUAUGGGCUGCUUUGGCCCUCCACGGUGCUACACAAUCUGCAUAGGGGUAUUUUUGGCAUUUCAAUCUGUCUUUAUGCAAGGAAAUUAGACAAGAUGUGCUUAAAUUUUUAUUUUUAGGGAUUAGGCUGACAGCACUCAAGGAAAACAUGACAAUGAAUACUGUGCUAGUUGCAUUAGCAAUCUUUAUCUUUUAGGUAUGUUUUGAAUUUCACAUGACCUCUGUGGCCAGUGCUGAAAGCACUGGUUUGGUGCUAACAUGAUAUUUAUUAAUGCUCUCUAGUUUUAGUUAAUCCAGUGCCUUUAUCAUUGAAGAAGGGGAUAAAGCAGAAAAAUUGUCAGGCAAUUCAAAUCAAUCAAGAUCUACCCUAGGUUUAGCAAAAUUGCUGCAGAUGGAUCUUCAGAUCU